AUGAGCUUUCAAUUCGGUACAAUGACUCGUUUCAAGGUGACCAGGGAGACGAAGACAACUUGGGUGCAGGCAUUUCUGAGACGGUACCAGGCCAUUCCAUUGGCAGACAUCGAACUGUGCCUCCGGCUCCUGAUAGACUGGGGAUUGACUGAAGCAAACGCAUUUGUAUUCGACCUAGAUAGUCCAAGGGUCGACCCUAGCAUCAGUCAAGAGGAGACAUCGGCCGGGAACGAUAUUCAAAUCGCCAAUGAGCGGAUAGCUCGUGGUGGCACUGGCACCACCGCGGGGCAAUCCUCUUUAUUCGAAGACAAUGGACACUUCGACCAGGACAACUUGAACCCGGAGCCAGACCAGCAACUCGGAGAGGAAUCUGCAGAACUCGAUGUCUCUGGAAUUGAAGCCCUCAGGAACACUCCAGAGGAGCUAUUGCUUCUGAGGCAUUACUCGGAAUGCAUAGCCCCAUGGAUGGACUUGCUGUAUCGCUACGAGGUCUUCAGCCGGGAAGUCUUAACUCUGGCCCGAGACCACCCGAUCCUCCGUUAUGCAGCGUGCGCGGUUGCUGCCAAACAACUGGGUCAGAUGCGAAGCCCCUUAGCAACAAUCAUCACAGGCAAGACUCAACAGAAAAUCGCCGCGAAGCUUCAGCAUGGCCCGCUCGGACUGAUGUGGUACGGAGCGAAAUACUAUGAAAAAGCGACACAAACACUGGUCAAAUCGAUAACAUCAGAACACCCCACCCACAAUUACGGCUCCUCCCCAGCGUCGCUGUCCUCGGGUGAUCUGAUGGUACGAGCAGAUGGGGAGGAUCCAAUCGUGAGACUUCUCGGAACAUGCAUCCUCAUCCAAUAUGAGCAGAUCAGCGCAAACAGAGACGCGUGGUCGGGCCACCUUUUUGGCUUCUCCAAGCUUCUUGACCUCAUCGAUGAUAGAAGGCUGCUCCAUCCGUACCCGAUGUUUGAGGCGGUGUAUCCCUUCACCAAAGACGUCAUGCAGGUCAAAGCUGCAUUUUGGAAUUUUGUGGUGAAUGACCUCGAGGAGUCCUUCGUCUCACACAGAAGAACACGCAUUGAUACAGAGAACCUUGCCCUGUGGCGCAACAUGGGCCUUUUGGUUGAGGAUGACGGGAGCCUGACUACCGGCGCCAGCCCAAACAGCCUCACAAACACAGCUGAGCACGCCAGGGACAAGGCUUUAUCAUACACCCUCAUCCGUUACCUGUGUAAAUUGAUCAAUUACCUGGCACCCUCCUCACACCUCGAGACCAUGCUCGUUCAACCGAGACAAGCCUUCAGGUCCCUCGAAGAGCAGUUUCAGGCAUGGUUCCAGACCAUCUCCUCAUCCUUCCUCGCGGACGGUACCUUUUUCACGGACCACCAUGCCGGCGCAGACGUCUCUGGUCUCUUUGGUCGAGAACUGUGGUUCAGCAACGACUUGUGUGCCACAACGAUGAUGUAUUACCACAUGGCAUGCAUGCUGCUCCUCAUUCAUCGCCCGUCGGAACUGCUUCCGGGUGACUCGGCCAUCGGAGGUCGUCCUCCUUUUGAUAUCCUGCGAGCGUUUCGUGAGGUCGAGAAUAGGCUGCAGUGCCACGCAUCUGAGGUGGUCUCGAUCAACCCAUCUUUCGUUCUCAAAGAUGUCAAACAGGUUGCCAUCGAAGACAGGCCAAUACCGCAACUCAAAGAUGACCAUGAUGUGCUCCUGGCAACGAGGCCGAAUCGGCGAGUACAUCGUCAAUGGCCCAAUGGUCGUAGGCCAGGCCACGAAUCCUCAGGCGUCGUCGUCGAGGUCGGCAAGCAUGUCAAGCACCUCAAGGCGGGCGACAGGGUCGCCAUGGAACCAGGUGUGCCCUGCCGCCGGUGCAGCUACUGCCGUAAUGGCAAUUACUUCAUCUGCCCCGACAUGAAAUUCGCUGCAAUGCCGCCCAACAUCUAUGGAACGCUCGCCAAGUACUACAUCAACGCCUCAGACUUCUGUUACAAGGUUCCGGACAGCGUGUCCAUGGAGGAGGCGGCCCUGGUGGAACCCCCUUCUGUUGCCUGUGCUGUGUGUGAGACUGCCGAGCUGAGACCACAUCAGACGGUGCUUGUGUUUGGCUGUGGUCCGAUCGGGGUGCUGUGCCAGGCCGUGGCGAAGCUCUGGGGCGCUUCCAAGGUUAUUGGGGUCGAUGUUGUCGAGAAAAGGCUGGAGGUCGCGAGGAGCUUUGGAACUGACGCAACGUAUGUCCCCCCGCGCGCCGGAGCCGACAUUGACCCGACAGCCCACGCAGAGGCUGUCGCGGCGAAGAUGAACGAGGAGUUGGGCCUGGCAGACGGCCCUGAUGUCGUUCUGGAGUGUUCCGGCGCCGAAGCAUGUAUCCAGCUCGGCAUGUUCGCGGCGAAGAAGGGCGGGCCGCUCGUGCAAGCAGGUAUGGGCAAGGAAGUGGUCGCGUUCCCGAUCACAGCUGUCUGCACCAAGGCGCUGUCUGUCAAGGGCGCCAUCAGGUACAGACCCAGGAGCUACUCGGCUGCUAUCGAGCUUCUCGCUGGCGGCAAGGUUGACGUCAAGAAAUUGAUUACCCACCGGUACAAGUUUGAUCAAGCGGAGGAGGCGUUUGACUUGGUACAUGCUGGGCGGCCGGAUGUCUUUAAAGUCAUGAUCGAGGGCGUGCUCGAGUAG